AUGUUCGCGGCGAGAUUUGAUCCGUCGCAAGUGCAGACGACUUCCGAGCCAGUCAAAAACUUUAAACUCGCCUCGAAACCGGUAAUACCGUUGAAAAGAGGCAAAGAACCGGACCAUGAGAGUGGAAGUGAAAGUGAAGGUGAAGGUGGAAGCGGAAGUGAGGUCGAAGAUGUCGAAAGAGACGAGGAGAAGCAAACAGCUCAAGUGGAUUCGACACAGGCUCCUAUGGACGUAGAUUCCCAGGAUGCUGAUCCUCGAGGCGAAAAUGAUAUCGAUGCCUACAGCAGUCGAAACGCAAGUGUAGACUCACCUGGGAAGGCUCCACUCAGCGACAAACAUUCUGGGCUUCUAUCCCGUUUUCAAAAAACUCUGUCUAUCCAGCAGAACUUGAAACCAUCCGAAUUGGUCAACUCCGAGGACGAGACCAUGGAAAGCUCAGAACAGCAUGACCUGGUACCCAUACCUCAGCCAGCGGUCGUGAAAAGCACACAACUAACGGUAGAAGCAGCUAGUGCUGUGAGCAAAUCUGCAGCGUGGCUUCAUACGCAGAAAGUUCAAUAUAACAAUUCGAUGAUCAAGCCUUUCGCUAGUUACAAAACAGAGCUCAGCGAGAAAUUGUUGGCUAACAUCACAGCUAAAUUCUCACAGAACACUUUCCCCAUUCAGACUAUUCUGCUGGACACGGUACUGCCGAAAUUGAGAUUUGCACAAUCCGUGAGCAAAAGGCACUACCCACGCCGGGUAGGAGACAUCUUGGUCAAUGCAUCCACAGGUUCUGGUAAAACCCUCGCCUAUUCGAUUCCUGUUGUUCAAUCUCUGUCGAAGCGUACUGUCAACAGGCUGCGAUGCUUGAUCGUCGUUCCUACCAAGAUUUUGAUCCAUCAGGUGUUCGAAACCAUGACGAAGCUUUCACAAGGCACAAGCUUGGUCACCGGUAUCUCCAAGUUAGAAAACUCCCUGAGGGAUGAGCACAAGAAGUUCCAGAAUCAAGAACCUGACAUUCUCAUCAUAACGCCGGGCCGUUUAGUUGACCAUCUACAACUGAACUCUUUUGACUUGAAAAACCUGAAGUUUUUGAUUCUGGAUGAAGCAGACCGCUUGCUCAACCAGUCCUUUCAAAACUGGUGUUCCGUUAUUAUGAACAUGUUGAAGGCCGAUAAAAAUGAGGCAGCUCCCGUAAGCGUCAUUAAGAUGGUUUUUAGUGCGACGCUGACCACUAACACUGAGAAAUUGCAUAACUUGGAGCUCAACAGACCUACCUUAUUCAUGAUGGACUCAGUGAAGCUCUAUCAUUUGCCGAAGCAUCUACAGGAAUACAACGUUCAGAUACCCACAGCCAAAAGCUUUGCAAAGCCAUUAUUCAUGCUGCAACUUAUCACUGCACAUUCAGAGGCUAAUUUACGUAUCUUGAUCUUUGUGAGAAGUAAUGAGGCGUCUUUGAGACUAGCCACGCUUCUACAGCUUAUGGUCUCUAAAAAGGCUUUGGGAAGCAAAAAUGACUUCCAGGUCACGUCUAUCAAUUCCAACAACACUAAAAGUCUAAACAACAAGCUGAUCAAACACUUUGCUGCCACUGAGCCGGGCAAAAAGGGACUCAAAGUCCUUGUCGCGACCGACUUGAUGUCGAGAGGUAUUGAUAUUGACAAUGUCACGCACGUCAUAAACUAUGAUUUGCCAGUAUCUUCUCAACAGUAUGUGCACCGCUGUGGUAGAACCGCAAGAGCUCAGGCUCAUGGUGUAGCUUUCAACUUGCUUGUUGGAAAGGGAGAACAGAAGUUUUGGUCUGAUCACAUCGACAGCGACCUCAGUAGAGAUGUUGACGGUUGUCAUGUGAAAUCGUACGACGAAGUCGAUACUUUGAAGGAUAUUCUGGUCAUCAGCGAAGAAGUCGAAGAAGAGUAUCGCGAGUCUCUAGCGGAAUUAAAGAGUGCUAGCGAUAGUUAA